UCUUCACACAGCAUCACUCUCUCUGACCUGCAAUGUGGUACUCAGUACUCUGUCACUGUCUGCACUGUGCUGGAAAAUGGAAAGCAAAGUCAACUGGUGUCAACAACCCUCACCACAGAAUAUGAGGUCCUGAUUGUUCUGGUUGGGAAGACUGGAGCUGGGAAGAGUGCUUCAGGAAACACCAUUCUGGGGACAAGUAUUUUCCUAUCCAUGUUUUCCAGUAUUUCUCUGACAAAAGACUGUCAAAAGAAAAGAGGGAAGGUGGGUGUGCAACGUGUGGCUGUUAUCGACACCCCAGGUUUGAUUGAUACCAUGGUAUCUCAAGAAGAGACACUGAGAAAGAUCGCUCUGUGCAUCUCUCUCUCUGCUCCUGGUCCCCAUGUGUUCCUGGUUGUGAUCAAGCUGGGAAGAUUCACUGUAGAGGAGCAGAAAACUGUGGAGAUGAUUCAGAAAUUCUUUGGUGAUGAAGCAUCGAAAUACACCAUGGUUCUCUUCACACAUGGAGACCUUCUUGAUGAUGAUGAUGUAACAAUUGAAGACUUCCUGCUUGGAAAUCCAGUUCUGAAAAGGUUAAUUUCUCAAUGUAAUGGGGGAUAUCAUGUCUUUAAAAACAAAGAUAAGAAUCCCUCCCAGGUCACUGAGCUGCUUGAGAAGAUAAACAAGAUGGUCAUGAUGAAUGGAGGAAGCCACUACACCACUGAGAUGUUCCAGGAGACUGAAAGAGAGAUUGAAGAGAGGUUGAAGAGGAGAAAGUAGUAACACAAGGUGAAUGCUGUGUACAAUGAGAGUCUGUAACGUUACCAUCUGUCAUUGUUUUGCCUGGUUGGUUGGUUUACAGUUUGUCUAACGAAUGUCUAAUUCUAAUGGUUUACACACGUUUGUUAGACCAAGCAUACACCAGCCUUAACAUUUGCAUAUUAAUUGAUGACGAAUGAUGAUUCCUAUAUUUCCUA